UAGUCUUGCCAAUAGCAACAAAUACCACACCACAGCACAGUACUCUCCUCUCUCUCUCUCUCUCUCUCUCUGGCUAGAGAGAGAAACCAACACAGAAAGACAGAGACACAUCUCCAUCUAUGUCUGGUCUCUCUCUCUCUCCCCCCUUCAAUAUAUGAUAUAUGUAUGUAUGUCUUUGUUCUCUUCUUCCCACUACUAACUACAUCCGUUUAAACCACAUUCUCUGACUGAAUAGUGAUAAAACCCAAUUUAUAUAUCCCUUCAUCAUUCACUUAAACAUUUUGGGUUUUACGACACUUUCUCGGGAAAAUCUUUGCUGGGUGGGUGGUGAUUUUCCUGGAAAAUGUACUCGGCGAUUCAUUCGCUUCCGCUGGAUGGCGGUGUGGGGGUUCACGGUGACUUCCAGGGCGCUCUGGACGGGACCAAUCUGCCUGCGGACGCGUGCUUGGUGUUGACCACGGAUCCGAAGCCCCGCCUUCGCUGGACUUCGGAGCUUCAUGAGAGAUUUGUUGAUGCUGUCACUCAGCUUGGUGGACCUGACAAAGCAACACCAAAGACAAUUAUGAGAACAAUGGGAGUAAAAGGACUUACCCUUUAUCACUUGAAGUCACAUCUUCAGAAGUAUCGUCUGGGAAAGCAGUCUUGCAAGGAUUUACUGGACAACUCUAAAGAUGUAGGGAUUGCAGCGUCUUGCAUUGCAGAGACUCAGGACACUGGUUCAUCGACAUCAUCUUCAUCAAAAAUAGCUCAAGACUUAAAUGAUGGAUACCAGGUUACUGAGGCUUUGCGAGUACAGAUGGAAGUCCAAAGAAGACUGCAUGACCAGUUGGAGGUUCAGCGUCGCCUCCAACUUAGGAUUGAAGCUCAAGGCAAGUAUCUGCAAUCUAUCCUAGAGAAAGCUUGUAGAGCUCUCAGUGACCAGGCUGCUGCCACUGCUGGGCUUGAAGCUGCCAGGGAAGAGCUCUCAGAACUGGCAAUCAACGUUUCAAACGACUGUAAUGGGAUGGUCCAUGUUGAGACCCCAAAUUUGCCCUCUUUUUCUGUACUCGCUUCCUCUUUAGAAAACAGGAAUGCUUCCAAUUUGCCUGCUCGGUUUGGCGACUGCUCUGUUGAUAACUGCUUGACAACCUCAAAUGUAGGGCCUGUUUCUCCAAUGGGUCUGGCACUGAAAAAGAGACCAAGGCCCUUGUUUGGCAAUGGAGACUCCAUGCUGCCGGCAUUUCUGCCUCAGUAAUAAAUCUUCUAUUUUUUUUUUCUUCCUCCUUUUCUUGUUUAUUUGUUUUACCUUAUGCAUGUAGUUGAUCUAAAUGACUAGUCUGUAUUGCCAACUGAAACACCAGUGGUUUGUAUAUUCUCAAAGAAGAUAUUUGAGUUUGGAAUUAGCUUAUUAGUCAAUUUGAUUGGCCUCUCUUAAA